CUAUAAAAGUGAUUGGUCCUUCAUACAUCCAAUCAGUGUGAGGAACGGGACUUGCGUUACAAAAGCGAGCGAAGAGGAUCGCUUAUACUUAUAACCCAAAUUACAUUUUGAGUCUACGAUUUUUUAAGAGGUUUUAAGUAAAUUAAAACCUGGGAUAUAUUUGAAACAGAUCUGAUGUUCAGUUGAUUGGUUUGAUUAUCUACUUUGACUUUGAAUUCUUAUUUUGUCGUCAUUACUUCUUGUGAAUUACUGUGGAUAUCACAACUCAGGAAUUCAGACGUUUAUUGACUGCUGGACAGUGAAGAAGAAGGAGUGAAAAUGGACGGGGAGCAGUUUAAACAGAACUCGGAAGAGAUGACUUCCUACAUUGUCAAAUAUUUGGACAAUAUCUCGGACUACCGUGUGUUUCCUGACGUAGCGCCAGGAUACCUGAGGAAGAUGCUACCAGAAGAAGCUCCAGUGAAGGGAGAAGAAUGGCAGGACAUUAUGUCAGAUGUUAAUACCAAGAUCAUGCCAGGGGUAACUCAUUGGCAGCACCCGCGAUUCCACGCCUACUUUCCGGCGGGAAAUUCAUACCCAAGUAUUCUCGCAGAUAUGCUUUCAGAUGCAAUAGGCUGCAUAGGAUUUUCGUGGGCAGCGAGUCCUGUAUGCACGGAACUUGAAACAAUAAUGAUCGACUGGUUAGGUCGAAUGUUAAACCUUCCCAAACACCUUCUUCCAUUUGCCGACAACUGCAGAGGUGGAGGAGUUAUCCAGGGUUCAGCAAGUGAAUGCACUCUCGUUACCAUGUUAGCAGCGAGAACGAUGGCACUGCGCAGGUACAAAGAAAAGUAUCCAGAUAUAGAGGAUGGCGUCCUGCUCACAAAGUUGGUAGCAUACUGCUCAAACUUGGCACAUUCAUCAGUUGAAAAGGCGGGAAUUAUUGCAUUUGUCAAAACACAUCAGCUCCCAACAGACGAUCAGUACUCUCUUCGGGGGACCACACUCCUAGAAGCAAUUCAGCUCGACGAGGAAAGAGGACUUAUACCAUUUUAUGUGUGUGGAACGCUCGGAACGACUGGAUGCUGUGCGUCUGAUGCUAUUGACGAAUUGGGUGAGAUCUGUCAGGAGAGGGGUCUAUGGUUUCACGUAGACGGUGCGUAUGGGGGCAACGCCCUUAUCUGCCCAGAGUUCAGUUACCUCCUUACUGGUUUCGAGUAUGUAGACUCGUUCAACUUCAACCCAAACAAGUGGAUGCUCGUGAACUUCGAUUGUUCCGUAAUGUGGAUACGGGAUAAGACAGUUCUUACCAGUACUUUCAAUGUCAACCCUCUAUAUCUUCAACAUGAAAAUGACGAUGCUGCAAUAGACUAUAGGCACUGGACAAUUCCCCUAAGUAGAAGAUUUCGAGCACUAAAGCUAUGGUUCGUGAUCAGGUCGUACGGGGUAGAAGGACUUCAGAAAUACAUCAGGAAUCAUGUCAAACAGGCAAAGGCAUUUGAGGAACUUGUGUGGAACGAUAACCGCUUCGAAGUCUUAGGCGAAGUCACAAUGGGUCUUGUAUGCUUUCGGCUAAAGGGUGAAAACAGUUUGACAGAAAGACUGCUGAAGAACAUUAACGACUCUGGGAAGCUACACAUGAUACCCUCCUCACUCAACGGCAAGUACGUCAUCAGAUUCGCGAUCUGCCAUCAAUACGCCAGCGGGGACGACGUCACCUAUGCUUGGGAUGUUAUCAAGAUAAUGGCCGACGAGGUAUGCCGACCACCAGGCCGUCUUCUUCGCCAACGUCGGCCAUCUGUUCUCGACAACAGAAUCACUGCCUUUAUGCACACCACGAGCUCCCAGUACGCAGAGAUGCUCCGGGAGACACCCGAAUCGCCAUCGACAUCGGAGUCCAGCAGCGCCAGCGAGGACGACAAUGAGGUCAAGGGCGAGCAGGAGGACGAGAAGUCAUUGAAGGCCAGCUUGGCCAUUCUGGAAACGCGCUUCAGUGAUGCCAUCAACAUCCCCAACGCACGAGGCAAUCGGGAGGAUAUCAACAACGCGCGUAGUCCGCGAGGUGCUGGCAGCCAUCGCGGUGUCCGUACUGUGAGCGAUUCGACAGUGCAUUCCCGUCGUCGGAAGCAAAGCGUCUUUCAGCGUCCUGUCGCUUACGAGAUAGACGCGUUCGGGACUCUUAAGGAAAGCUUUCGUGUCCAAAGGCUGAGUUUCGACAACGGAGAGCAGAAAAUCAAGAGCAGACUUAACAACAGAAGGAUGACUAUAUUUUGAGGAUGUACUGUCAUCUAAUCGUCUUCCUUUUUACACAAUUCCAUUCCCUCGUAAUCCAAAAUCAUGCGUCUUUAUGAAGGAUACACGUUCGUCGGGCCUACCUGCAGAUCGACUGUUCAAUACCACUCAAUAAGUUGUAUUAAUUGACGUCUGUAAGAGGACGUUAGAUAGACGUAGAAUCUGUUGAGCCAAGGUUGACAGUACACGAUCCGUUUGCAAUUUUUAGGAUCUGAUUACGGCAAAAAAAAAUGUGUAAGAGGAUGCGAAUUGAGAAUUCAAUCCUGUACCAUACUGACGAUCAGAUCUUCAAAUUAUGGUCGGUCUGAACAUGGACCUAUUAAUAGGUCCAUGGUCUGAAUAAGAAAUCGAUUUUUCAGUCAGAGCAGUCAUUGCCAUCGGCUGUGAUUUGAAAUGCAUCUUGGACUUUAUCCCGACCGGAAAGCUUGUAGCUUAGCAUUUUAUUCAGUAUUUUUGGCAUUAUUCGGAACAUUUAAUUCCACAUUUAAUCCAUUUGUAAAGAUAAUAGAAGAAAAAAAACGGAUCGUAGCCGGCGAAUCGCGGCGUAUUGAUCUGUCCCGCUGUCUGGAGUCGGAUUUGUCCCUGUGACUUAAACAUUACAUUGAACGUUAUAAAUCUGUUUUUAAAUAAUAUAAUCGUCCAUAAUGCCAUCGGUCCUUGGCGCCAAUCAGUUACCCAUUUGUGACCCCAUUUUGUAUUGUUUAUGACACAUGUAUAAUGAAGUCGUAAGAUAAAGUUCAGUCACAGAUGUAUAAAUAUACAGAUCUCAUAUAGGGAACGUUUGUAUUCUUCCUUCAUAAGUAACAUUUCCCUUUGUGUUUAUCUAUUCAUGCCUAAAGUUGAAGGUUAUAACUUGUUUAUGUUAUUAAUGCUAUCAGAACUGAAUUACCCAAAGAAAUACAACGUGUACCACUCUUGUCCCAAAGUAUGUCAGGCUCCUUUUAUGACAUUGACAUUCAAAAUAAUUUUAUUCGCCCGUUUCUAUAUGACGUUCUACAUGAAUAUGAGGAUCAUUAAGCCUUUUAUUUCCACGAUCAUCAUGAUAAUGACAACUUGCGGAGUAUCAAAUGCAGUAAUUGCUAUUACCAUUCACGUAGUCGGCCACUUUCCAUGCAAACAAGCCUUUCAAGGUGUCUAUAAUAGCAUGAUUAGGGUCAAGUACCUGAGCAAUGUGCAUAAUGUGUGAAAACAUUUUGAUUUGAUUUUA